AGUCAGUCGGUCGGUCGGUCGGUCGGUCGGUCGGUUGGUCGGAGCGAUGAACUGUCUCACGGUGCCCGGCGUCCACCCCGGCUCGCCCAGCCGCCCGCGCGGGCAGAUCCAGGUGAUCUUCGGACCCAUGUUCUCUGGGAAGAGCACGGAGCUCAUGCGGCGGGUGCGUCGGUUCCAGCUCGCUCAGCACCGAUGCCUGCUGGUGAAGUACACCAAGGACACGCGCUACUGCAGCUCUGGCGUCUCUACACACGACAAGAACAUCAUGGAGGCCCUGCCAGCCUGCCUUCUCAAGGACGUGUACCAGGAGGCACUGAGCUCUGCGGUCAUUGGCAUUGAUGAGGGCCAGUUUUUCCCAGACAUCGUGGAGUUCUGUGAGAUGAUGGCCAAUGCUGGGAAAACUGUCAUUGUUGCUGCUCUUGAUGGGACUUUUCAGAGAAAGGCCUUUGGGAGCAUCCUGAACCUGGUGCCGCUGGCAGAGAGCGUGGUGAAGCUGAACGCCGUGUGCAUGGAGUGCUACAGAGAAGCCUCCUACACAAAGAGGCUGGGAGCAGAGAGGGAGGUUGAAGUGAUUGGAGGAGCAGACAAGUACCACUCUGUCUGCCGAACCUGCUACUUCCGCAAGAGGCCUCAGCAGCCUGGGUUGGAAAACAAGGAGAACAUGCCUAUGGGGGUGAAGCAACUGGAUAUGGCGGCCUCCUGGAAGAUCUUUGCUUCUUGACUGCUGGGCUCCCGCAUGGGGAAACAUGAGAGGAAGGAAGGUAAAUGCUGUGGCUCCCAGAUGCCAGAUCUGGCUUCCUCUGCUUUUAGCAAAACUGUUAAGUGUCUUAGCUCUACCUGUCAAACCAAGCCACUGUUCCUCUGCACCAAGUGCCAGUAAAAAGGAGUAUCAACUGGACCUGAUGCCAGGGGCAGGGGAGCUGAAAGCAGGAGCAUGACUGAAAGUGAGUUCCUCUCUCAGAACAUGUGAGAGACAGUUGUAGUUACUGAUGCUGCCAUGCAAACAGGCCCUGGAAAACUGUUACAGCGAGACAGGCUGGGGGGCUUCCAUCGCUGACCAUUGUUCUGGUCUGUGUAUGUUCAGGACUGCACCAGCGGCUGGUUCACUUGCCUGUGAAUGCAACCCUUUAUCUCUUGUGCGCUGUUGCUAAAUUCCAGGUUUCUUAAGACAAUGUACAGUAACUUAGUGUGUUAAACCCACUUCCUUUUAUAACGGAGUUUGAGGAGGGAACCCAUCCCUUGUCAUAGAGCUGUGGCACAACUUUUCAACUGACGCACGUAGCAGCACCCUGGCCCUCAGCAGCCCCUUUGAACAAUUGUGUGUGAAAAUUGUCUGUUUGCUGUUACACUUACUUGUGUUAACUGUCUUGUAAAUUUUUGUUGAAACAAAGAGGAGGAAAGGAAGGUUUGACUUGAUGGCCUGACAGUAGGCUCUUCCUAGCUUUUGAAUUUUAAAAGGGCUAGCAGUAGUCUAGUAGUAGUCUCUGCAUUAAGACAGAGUCCUUUUGGAAGAACUAGACUUGACUCCAGGAAGGGCCUUGUCUCCAAAAUUGGGAUGUUUUUGCUCAGGUCCAAGCUUCAAUGCUUAGUUACCUGUGAAGGGUUUGGAGGCUCAGGACUUAAUCUGUAAAGGUUUGGGCUACUGUGUGAAGAUGCAGCUACUUGGAAAAGGGUCUCUGUUGUCAGUGGAUGGUUCUCAGCUCUAGUCAUGUAUCUUGCUCCCUCUCGAGCCUUCCAAAAAUUCUCAAGGCUGAUUCUUCCUGUCAUAAGUUGACAGAAGGAUCCUCUUCCCGCUUUGCUUGACUUGGCUUCUAGAAAGUGGUUGGAUUUUUAUUGUUGGGUUUUUUUCCUUCUUGCAAAAGUGCUUUUCCCUGUAAGCCAAUGUCUGCAAGCUCCAAGCAGCAGCUCUUAGUUCUGGCACAGAUCUCCAUGUGCAGAUACAGUGCUCCGUUUGCCUACACCCUCCAGCUGGGAGGAAGCACCUCCCUAGAAGGUUAAAAAAGCCAUCUGAAAAUUCCUGCUCCUUCCAUGUUACUUGGUGUGAUAACAGUUGUAGUACUCACAAGUGCUUGAUUCUCAGGCCUCGGCUUUCCCCUUAGGUACAGGGAAGGCAGCGCUGUUACAGGUUUAGUUUAAUAAAAACUUAAUAAAAUUG